ACGAGACGCGAGCCGGACUCUUGAUUCCAAGCAGCACUUCUUAAAAGUUUUAGGUCUAGUAAGUGAAAUCGCACUUAACCAUCUCGAAGUUUUAAAAACUGUAUUUAAACCCAUUCCAACCGAAAUUAGCAAUUUCUUUUGUCUUAAAGCGUAAUCGGACGGUAAUCAAUAUUUUACAAUAUUUAUCUACAAAAAUAACAAAAAAGGAGAGCAACUUUGCAAUGCUUUUAACUAAGUCUUUGAUCCCAAUUCUUUUUUACAUUGGGAUCGUUUUAAGUAAUGAAGCACCCCGGAUCAAGCCCUGCAAUAGCUUCAUAAUUCUUGAACUCAAGACGAAUUUCACGCUGGAAUGCGAGUCCGAUGAGCCGGUGAUCUGGUGGACAGAACACGAUUUAGGACAAUUGACUGCGACGAAUACGUACAAUAAAACACAGGAUAGAAAUACAAUUUACGUCAACAGUCUUCAACUGAGCGACAUCAGUACUGAUCUUGUAGCCGCCUACUAUUGCAUCAAAGACUCGAAACUGAGAAAUCUCAAUCAAGAGUCGAAAGACUCAGAAAAGUCGAUGGUUGAGCUAGUGGACCAAGCGCAGUCCUCAUCCAUUUACGUUUACGUUAACGAUCCGGAUAACAAGGUGGUCGGCUCCGAUAUUAAUUUAAUAGCUAAACCGUACACCGACCUGGUCAUUCCCUGCAAGCCUUCAACGCCAGACACAGAGUUGGUGCUGAAGUCACUGGACUCUACCUGGAAAAUCAGUUCAAAGGGUCAAAUAGAAGGCAACCCCAAGUUUUUCGAGAACAUGAGAUAUCACCCGAGACGAGGAUUCACCUUUCGUGUCAUUGAAUUCAUAUCCGGUUACAUAACCUGCAAUGAUCAUCUCUAUGACAUUUCCUACAAGAAGGAUAAAAAAAGCUACAUCAACUUGAACGUACCUACGAACACCUAUUUUGUACGGGAGUCUACAUACUCCAGGGCAACAAUUUCUUCGAUACAGUCAUACGGGUGUUUAUUGUAAACGUGACCAACGACUUAUGCAAAAAUAAUUAUCAAUAAAAAACCUUUUUCAAAUUGU